UGUAAUGUGAAAUCCUCUCGUGGAGAAUUUUUUAGUGCAUUUUUAUUGGUCGAUUUACAUUUAGUAAACACAUCAACUCGUGAACAGAAACUAUCAGCACCUUCUGUUUGUAACACAUUUCUGAGUCAUUGAGAAUGGGAUAAAAACGCGAUUUUUUUUCUCUUUGUUUUUUGUGGUGACGAUUGUGGUGUGUGGUUUCAAGGACAAUUAGAAAAUGCCUGUGCGGAGAGGUCAUGUGGCCCCACCGAACAUCUUCAUUGACACGAUAAUCCGGAAAUUUGAUGGUCAAAACAGGAAGUUUGUGAUUGCCAAUGCCCAGAUUGAGACUUAUCCCAUCAUCUUCUGUAAUGAUGGAUUCUGUGAACUCACGGGUUAUUCCCGAGCAGAGGUCAUGCAGAAAUCUUGCUUGUGCGAGUUUCUACAUGGACCCACAACAAGCACAUACUCGAUACUACAGAUGAAGGAUGCCCUACGUGGGACAGAAGAAAAGCAGGUGGAAGUUAUGUACACCCGCAAGGAUGGUAGCCUGUUCCUAUGCAGUGUUCUCAUCGCCCCUGUCAAAAACGAGCAGGGAGAAAUCAUUAUGUUCAUCAUUAACUACGAAGACAUAACAGAUGCUCCCCUGAAGAAUGAAAUCGCCAAAAAUUUCAAAAACAGCAACAUGAGUCGACAUCGAAGUUUUAAGCUCCGCCUCCCCUCAAUUCGCCGGGACAUCAAUUGUAAAACUAAGUGCAUCAGUCUACGGUCCCAGGACCCGGAGGAUCCAGACCGUGAUGAUUCACCCACCCAACUCCCUGUUCCCCGGGGCUCUCUUCCUCCAAACUCCCCUCCCGCACAUAUCCGGAAUGUUGAGAGGGAGAUCCAGGAUAAGACUGGGAUCCCCAGGCGGGCGUCGUCAAUGGAGACACUAGAUAAACAAGGAGUUCCCAAGGCAGACUCCCACAAUUCAAUGGGGGGGAUGGGGAAUCUGUUCAGAGCCAAUGUGAUCAACCAAGCAUCCAGCGAUUCGCAGCUCGCCAAACAUCGCACAAAGUUCACAGACAGCAUGAACGACCUGGACGGGGAUUUACACACAGACAAGGAGGGGGGACCAACCAAAGACAAUCGGGGACCAAUCUUCCUGUCUAAUGUUGCCAACAUGAAGCAUAACGUGUCUGAGAAAGUAGCACAGGUUCUCUCCCUUGGAGCGGAUGUGUUACCCGAAUACAAGCUUCAGUCACCUAAAAUACACAAAUUCACCAUCCUACACUAUUCCCCAUUCAAGGCUGUAUGGGAUUGGAUAAUCCUUCUCCUUGUCAUCUACACUGCAAUAUUUACCCCCUAUGCUGCUGCAUUUGUCCUCAGUGAGGAGAAAAAGAAACCCUCGAAUCAAAGCAUUCAGAGCCGAUACAGUGACCCCCUGACCAUCAUAGACCUUAUAGUGGACAUCAUGUUCAUUGUGGACAUUCUGAUCAACUUCCGCACAACAUACGUCAACAAAAAUGACGAGGUGGUCAGCGACCCAGGAAAAAUCAUGGUGCACUACUUCAAAGGGUGGUUUCUCAUCGAUGUGGUGGCAGCCAUCCCAUUUGAUCUCCUGUUGUUUGGGUCCGAGACUGAUGAGACUACAACACUGAUAGGACUCCUAAAAACAGCUCGUUUAUUACGACUGGUCAGGGUGGCCCGGAAGCUUGAUCGCUACUCGGAAUACGGUGCUGCCGUAUUGAUGCUCCUCAUGCUGGUCUUUGCGUUGAUUGCUCAUUGGUUAGCAUGCAUAUGGUACGCGAUUGGUAACAUGGAGCGCCCAAUGUUAGGGGACCUGAAGAUUGGCUGGCUAGAUGAACUUGCCCGUCAGACUCACCAGAAGUACGUAAACGGUACCGGAGGGCCCACCAUCAAGUCUAAGUACGUGACGGCACUGUACUUUACGUUCAGUAGUCUGACUAGUGUGGGAUUUGGGAAUGUGUCACCGAACACAAACUCCGAGAAAAUAUUCUCCAUCCUCAUCAUGUUGAUCGGGUCUCUAAUGUAUGCUAGUAUAUUUGGUAAUGUUUCCGCCAUCAUCCAAAGAUUGUACUCCGGAACAUCCAGAUACCAUGUCCAUAUGUUACGGAUCAAGGAAUUUAUCCGGUUCCAUCAGGUUCCGAAUCCGCUCCGACAGAGACUGGAAGAGUAUUUCCAGCAUUCCUGGUCCUAUACGAAUGGGAUAGACAUGAAUAUGGUAUUGAAGAGUUUUCCCGAGUGUCUUCAGGCAGAUAUCUGUUUACAUCUAAAUAAAAACCUUAUCAAUAACUGUCCAGCAUUCAAAGGGGCCAGCCCUGGCUGCUUGAGAGCCUUGUCUAUGAAGUUUAAGACGACACAUGUCCCCCCAGGUGAUACCCUAGUUCACCGCGGUGAUGUGCUGACAGCUCUCUAUUUUGUGUCCAGGGGCUCCAUCGAGAUCCUCAGGGACGACAUUGUUGUUGCUAUUUUAGGUAAAGAUGACAUUUUUGGUGAGAACCUCUGUCGUUAUGAGACAGUGGGUAAGUCCAGCUGUAAUGUCCGAGCUCUGACCUACUGUGACCUCCACAAGAUUCACCGUGACGACCUCCUAGAAAUUCUGGACAUGUAUCCAGAGUUCACCGAACACUUUGUCAGAAAUCUAGAAGUCACCUUUGACCUCCGUGAUGUUGAGUUGGAUCAGUGGCGAGAAGAGACAGACAUGGGGAGGGGGAAUGCCCUGAGGAGGAGGAAAAAUAUACGAUCCUACCACUCUGAUACGGGGAGUGCAGGUCAGGAUGACAUUUCACAUGAAUACAAAUUCCAACCAUCAAGAACAAGGCGUCUUCGUCGUGACAAACUUAGUGAAGAUGGUCCAACAGUGUCCAUGUCAUUCGAAGAUUCUUCUGAUGAAGAGAUCCGAGAAAGUGGGGCAGGGAUCCUGGAGUUUUCUCCAGCUAAGGCGGGUAUGGAUGUGACACCUGCAACAUUUUCUGAAUUUAAUAGAAAAGAGGACAAGAAGCAGACGUCGGGGUUCUCCUCCAUCGCAGGAGCGUUUGCCAAUGUCAAUAACCUUGUCAGUGCAGUGACAGGUCGCUGUGAUGGUGGGAAGUCAAGUGACCCUGACAUGACCCCUUUACUUGAGGAACAUAAAGCUCAGCCAAAAAGACUAUCGAGUUCCAGUGUGCCAAAGUCUACGUCAUCCAUGACAAUUCCCGUAUCGAGUCCCUCCCCCGUGUCUGAUGACCUCCAUCAGUCGGGGGAUAAUGGGACACUCAUUCCACAACCGUCUUUCAGUCACUACCAGCAAUCCCAGCACUCCCAGGAAAUGGAGAGAAGAAUGGAGGAUCUUGCUAGACAGCUGACGAGGUUGGAGAACAAAAUGAACUCGGACAUCUCCAUGAUUCUUCAAAUUCUACAGUCCCACAAUGGGGAUCAUGGUUACCAUGGUGAUGGGACCACCACCCCGCUGUCUGACAACCCACCCCCAAACUACAGUCACGUUAACAGUCCGUCAGAGUCCGAGGAAAAAUUUACGCACGGUGCCAUGUUCCAAAGACAAGAAAGAGUGACAGAAACAGAGGAGGAAUCACCAUGGGAACGACGCUUGGAGGAAGUGUCCCCAGGGUCAGGUCACGAGGCUUCCAUAACAACAUCAGUGGAACCCCCAGAAGGAGUCACCUCCAAUCAGAAAAGAGGACGCAAACAGAAUCUUCCCACAGCUGAAAAAUACCAAAAGGUCUACCCUCCUAGCGAGGGGAGAGCACCAUUAGUGGAGGAGGAGGUUUCUCUUUUAGGACCAGAGUUAUCUGCCCCUGUAGUGGAGGAAGAGUUAUCUUCCCUGGCCCAGGAGAGAGCUGAACGUGACAGACUCAGUAUUGUUCUUAGUGAUAGUUGUGAGGAUGACGUAGCAGUGUCAAGUGUUAAAGAGUCAGAGGAACAACAUUUAGUCCCAGGAAAGAAUCUGGGAAGUGACACUCAAGAGGGGGAGUCCAUCGGCAGAAGGCCGAACACGUCUGGUGGCGAUUACCUGUAUUCUGACUUCUCACCUCAAACCAGAAGGAGGCUGGGGAUUCCCCUUGAUAUAGACCCCAAGCAAACUUUUGUAUAAACAUUAAUUCCUUCAACAUUUAGUGGCCAAAAGAAUACCAAGUACUUAGUCUUUUUUUUUUUUUUGUAAAGUAUGUGAGAAAGAUUCAGUGUAAAUGGAUGAACAUUGGUGAAUCUGCAUGAUGGAAAAUUUGAUUUCAUAAACUGUUGACCAUUUAGACUGUGAUUGAGAUGUUAUUGGGAGGAUGCAAAUCUUGUGAUAACUAUGUGAGUGAGAAUAAAACUUGUGUGUAGAAGUUCAAUAGAUUUCAAUUAACAUACAGUUCAAAACACAGGAAUGAACAGUCACAGCCAUGAUAGAAUCUAUAUACAUUACCUAGAUUGGUAGUUGUAUCACACUGAAAUUCUGUGUUUAUAAUUAAACAUUGAGAAAUUCCAUUGAGCUUGAGGAUGCCUUUGAGUAGAACAAAAGUAGAAAUGCACAGUGUCAUCAGUUUUAAUUUCACUUGAGAUAGAGACUUAAGUAAGUCUCAAUUGUCUGAACAAAGUGCAGGAUACAUUGUAUGUAUGUAUUUAUAUAAUGGCUUUAACUUUUAAUUUUUUUCUCCCAAUUUUACACAGAAAUGCACAAAAUAAUGUAUUCUUACUACUUUACAUCACAUCUUUGAUUAAAAAAAAUCAGGUAUCUUUGUGUUACCACAGGAGUUAUAAGGGUGGGGUCACAAUAGGGGUUCAUAAUUUGGCUUAUGGUUUAUGAAAAAAAAUCUAAAAAAUUAAAGCUACAGAACUGUAAGGUUAUGCUUGUAUCUUAAAUGUAUUGCAGAUAAGUUCAUAGGGCCACAAAAAUUAAAAUGCUUUGUACAGAAAAAUCACAGAAUUUGUCAAAGUGAUGCCAGUUCACAAUCUGUAAAUGUUAGGGGUGAUUAAGAAAUGUGUAAGUAUUACUGAAAUAGCAGUGUAACUCAGGUGAGCAUUGUAAUUCAUAGGUUUCUCGAUCAUACACCAGUAGGUGGAAGGGUAAACACAGUUAUUUUGCUGAUUUAAUAUAAAUUGCCAAAAAAAUACCACAUAUAGAAAUGUUUAAGCUGAAAGUGUAAAGUUCUGUAUGCUUAUGGGAGUACAUGUAUCAAGUACAUGUACUGAAUGAAAAGUGGUUGAUUUACUUUAGUGUGUGUCAAUAUAUUGUUGAAAUAAACUCAUAUUUAGGCUGUGAUGACAUAACUGCAAUCAUUCUACAUGUAGUUGUUCAGUAACAUUUUAAUUUGAUUUCUUUUUUUACAAAACCAUUAUUAUAAUUUCAAAGUAGUGCACAUAAGUCUGGAGAGAAUUGGUGACAAUUUUGAUGUUCCUCUCAGAAAUCCGGACCCCAAGUCAUUCCCCAAGAAAAAAUUGUAUAUGAUGUACUUAAUAUCAUGUUAAUUAUAUAUAUAUAUCUAUAGUGAUCAUUUAGAACUUAUUAUUAAAAAAAGUGUUAUACUGCAA